CUAGAUAUCAUUGCACAUCGGAGCGAGUAAGGAAUCACCCAUAUUUCCCACAUCCCUAAAAAUAAAUUAAGGUGCAAAAGCCCUAGUGAUUUUGUGUGCAAGGUGUACUGAGAGAAAAAAAGAGCUGGAUACAAAUCAAGUGAUUGGUGCAUUAGAAAUACGCUAUCAAGGUGGAAAAUCGAUUCUAAUCACUAUUGAGAAGAUUGAAAACUAUGAACCACCGUACAUAUCAUAGUGUUGGAAAAAAUUUCGAGAAUUUAUGUUCAGGAUAUUUUCUAGCUCUGUUUUGUGCCAGAGAACGGUUUUAAAGGAAACAAGGUCAUUUAUCCAUCGUUGAAUCCCUAAUCGAAUAUAUAUAAAUAACGAAUAAUUUAAUAAAAUUACACUAAAACCUAAACUCGGUCUGCCUGCCCGUUGGCUCCGUGCCAAAAUUGUUUCCGUUCACGGAACAAUGGCUCCCUUCAAGCUCAAAUUCCGCAUGGGCAGUGGUUCGUCCCGUAGCGCCUCGCAGGAGCAGGAUGUCAUAGUAGACAGUCAGGCUAACCAAAUCGUUUCAAACUAUCUAAACAGUAACAGUUUGGGUGCUGGCUACGGCAGUAGUACUACCCUUGACUCCGAACAAAAUAACGAUAGCUUAGUUUCGAUGAACAACGACCAGCGGGCCCUCAUCCGGGACCGAGACACAUCCGAUGAUAGACUAGGUUAUAUAAAUCCAUCAUUAUCCCACACUGAAACCAAUACGAUACCUUUAAGCCCACCGCCGUCUUACGAACAUGUACUAGAGGAAAAUCGCCUCGCAGCUCUAGAUAAGGAGAAUAACAAAACAUCGACGUUGAAUCUUUCCUCAUCCGGCUACGAAAUGCUAAGAAACAGUCAACAAUCACUGAAUGCUGCUGGUCACGAGCAACAAUAUUGUGAUCAGCAAGAGACAACACCAAGUGCAACGAGGAAGCAAGAGUCCGUCGACUCGUCAAUGUAUUCUUGCAGUUCAGCCACAUCCCCAUCGCAGGAGAACCUUCUCGGGUGUACCGGUUCGUGUGAUCCACUGUUCAAUAUGACCGCCCAGGAACCGAUGGGAGAACUGACCGAAGAAAUGGAAAACAUGAACAUCGAGGAAACCUGUUUGUCUACGGAGAACCUCGACAACAACUCUCUCUCAGAUGAGUGCGACUCAUAUGACACACAGGCCUACGAGGGAACGUCAAACGCCGCCUUAAGGAUUACACAUGAAAUCAAAGGACCCGAAAUACUGUACAAGUCGAGUAAACAACUGUAUAAAGCUGUCGCCAAGGAGUGCGGUAUAACCUGCAAAAUGUCCGACCAGUGCCGGUGUUUGGAUUGCCAAAGUCGAUACUUUGACUGCGAAUACGACCAGAAUGAAAACGAGAAAACAGAUGGAGGAUUGGGCGCUGGCACGCCCAUGUUCAUCAGUGAAGUCAUGCAUGGUUCGGCAUGUACCAUCCUGUAAAGCAGUCAAAUUGUAACAAAUCUCAUCCAAAAACAAAACCUACUACUCCUAACAAAGUAAUAGUAAACAAUCAUUAGGCCACACCUGACAUAAACCAAUACUUGCACAAACCUUACAGUAUAACCAUUACAUACUAUAACAUGAAGUAUUUGAGAGAAAAAUAAAGCCUUUUGAAACAUUUUUACCUUACAUAAAUACGGAAUUUAAGAAACAUUGAUUUGAAGAUUUCAACGACGACUGUAUAGCUGUAGUAAAAUCACAUUAUGAGAAACUACUGGUUAACAUGCUGUUGAAUUAUGACUAGCUAUGACUAAACAGCUAAAACACUGAAUGUAUUAUUAUUAGUCAACACGAUAGAGGCAGUAAAUUAACGUUACUAAACAAAAAUCAAUGAAAACUACCCAAUUUAAGAAA